CGUUGGGCAACCCCGACCUCCUCGGCGGUGAUCCUGGUGGCACAUUUCCUUCAGAGCAUCACCUCCCGCCUGGUGUUGGGUGGGGAGAUGGUUUACCACCGGCGGCCGGGGGAGGAAGGAGCCAUCCUGACACUGGCAGGCAAAUACACGGCUUCAAAGUGGGUGGCGACGCUCAAUGUAGGCUACGGUGGUGCCCACGCGAGUUAUUAUCACAAAGCCAACGAGCAGGUGCAGGUUGGGGUGGAGCUGGAGGCCAACACGCGGCUGCAGGACACCACCUUUGCUUUUGGCUACCAGCUCAACCUGCCGCAGGCCAACGUCGUCUUCAGAGGGCUUCUGGACAGUAACUGGAGCGUCGGGGCGGUGCUGGAGAAGAAGCUGCCCCCCCUGCCCGUCACGUUGGCUCUGGGUGCUUUCCUCAACCAUUGGAAGAACCGUUUCCACUGCGGCUUCAGCGUCAUCGUGGGCUGAGGGCCGGCGCCUGCCACCAUCCUGCUCAGGGAGCCACCGUGCCACAGGGGAACCUGUCACCUGCCCCAGGCCCACCUGUCACCUGCCCCACAGCCCAGCUGGGGCCGGGGUCUGCCAGCACCGUGGGACGCUGUGUCGGCACCAGGAGGAUCUUUGGGUUGACGUAGCCGCAGUUGGGGCUUCCAUCCCGCCCACCCCGGAGCUGCUGUGCCUCAGUUUCCCCCCCUUUGGCCACGCAGGGAGGGACUGGAAGCGCCCUACAGAGUGCACCCACAGAGCCUGGAAAAAUAAAAGAGCUUUACUCUG